UAUGCGAUAGUCUGACGGAUGAGCAAAUUUUGAAAGCUGUUUCUUGGGGUUUUAUUUUAUAAUAAUAUCCGGCUGGAAAAGGUUCCACAGAGGCUGAUGAAUUAAUUUGCGCGCUUAUUAAACUGCCAUCGCUAAUGCCGGUGUUUUGUUUGUGAUUGUAAAAAAUUAAAAAGCGAAAGAAAUCCAAUGGAAGGCGCCUUAAACUAUAAAAGUAUACUAUGCACCGAUAUACCCGAAUUGUUCCUGGACAAAUUCGUGGCCCGCACACAUUUCGGGCGCUUCGGAAACUUGGUAAAUUUUGUGCUCCGGCCGAGUCGCAUGACCUGCACCGUCAGCUACGCCACCGAGGAUGAGGCAGAGCUGGCACUGCACGAGGGCAACGUCUACAACGGCCACGAGUUCCACAUGACCUAUGCCGAGAACGAGACGGCCCCGGCCCAAAAGACAGAGCAGUGGGUGGAUCCCGAAGUGCAGGCCGAACUGAAUGCCCUAAGCGGCGGCUGGCCAAACGAGUACCAGCCGUCCAAGUCCAACAAAUUGGCUGCCGAGCAUUCUGGCAACAGAUCCCAGCCAUCCCAGUCCCAGGCCCAGGCCCACAGCGAACGUAGAGAGCGACCGCCGCUGCCGCCGCCCGCACACUCCAAGGCCUACGCACAGGAGCUGGAGGCUGUGAUGUGUCGGCCGGCGCACACUAGCGAGGAAAAGUAUCGGGUGCUCGAUGCACGGGACAAACUGCUGCGCCUGAACCAGCAGCUAAACCGUCAGCUGGAUCUGCAGUGGUCGGGCAGCACGCAGGGCUACUGCCCGGACAUGUGCCCUGAGAAGGAGCGCUUGCUGCGCGAAUUUCAGCGCCAGGUGUCCGUGUUUGAGAUGCAGCCCGACUCUCUGUCGCGUCAGCCCGGUGGCCUCAUCUGCCAUGAGCUGGCCCUCAAGCAAUAUUCCCGCAGCAGUGCCGACCAGGAGACGCCGCUGCCGCACGAACUGCGCGGCGAGUCCGCGCUGCACAUGACCAUGAGCUACCUCAUGCACGAGAUCAUGGACAUCAACCGGGAGCCGCUGGGCGAUUGGUUCCACUUUGUGUGGGACCGCACACGCUCCAUUCGCAAGGAGAUCACGCAGCAGGAGCUCUGCUCCCUGGGCGCCGUCAAGCUGGUGGAGCAGUGUGCCCGCUUCCACAUCCACUGUGCCGGUCGUCUGGUGGCCGAGGAUCCGAGCGUCUUCGACAGCAAAAUCAAUGCGGACAAUCUCACCAAGUGCCUGCAGACGCUCAAGUACAUGUACCACGACCUGCGGCUGAAGGGGGUGCAGUGCCCCAGGGAGGCCGAGUUUCGGGGCUACAUUGUCCUGCUGAAUCUGGCGGAUGCCAACUUCCUGUGGGACGUGGGCCAGCUGCCCGCCGAGCUGCAGACCUGCCCGGAAAUUCGGCAGGCCAUCCAGUUCUAUCUGUCGCUGCAGGACACCAAUUUUGUGCGCUUCUUCCAGCUGCUAAAGCAUCCGGAGACCAGCUAUCUGAGCGCCUGCAUUCUCGUGCGGUAUUUCACCCGCCUGCGCGUCCUUGCCCUGCACCGCCUCAUCCAGGGCUAUCGGGCGCCGCGCAAGAACGAGGUCUCCUCGCUGCCCCUCGCCUAUGUGACUCAGAUGCUGGCCUGUGAGAGCCAGCAGGAGGCCGCCCACUUUGUCCAGCAUUAUGGUCUGGAGAUCAACCAGGACAGUCGCGUUGUCCUCACCAGAAUGGACAAUCCAGAGGUGGAAUACAAGCUCGAGCGACAGCUGGAGCUGGUGGAGUCGAAGCGAUAUCAGAGCGUGGGCGAAUGCAUCUGCGGCGAGCCACUGCCGCCAAAGAGCCUCUACAGGAGUCAUCGUCCGCACGACAGCUUCAAUGCUCACCAAAUGCUAAAGAGGAGCGCCUGGUCGGCCAAGGAUCAGAUGCCCAACCAGGAGCCCGAGGAGGAAUCCCUGCCACCUCAGAGGGACAGCAACUUGUUUAAGGUGCCCAUGCAGCCGGCGGCGGCUUCAGCGGGAGGCUUCAGCUUUUCACUGCCCAAAUCGAGGGCGCAGGAAAUGCAGGAGAUGCAGGAGGCAGCGGCUGUGGCACAGGCAGAACAACAGCGCCAACAGCACGCCCAGAGGGCUCAGGAGGAGGCCAGGAUGAUGGCUCUGCAGCAGGCUAUAGCUGCGGCCAAGCAGCGUGAGGCCGAACUGAUGGCCCUCCAGGCAGCCAAGGCUGCGGAAGCGGAGCGCGUGCGCCAGCAGCGGGAGCAAGAGCAGGAGGCGGAGCUGCUGCGUCGCCGGCACGAGCAGGAGGCGGAGCAGCAGCGAAGGCAGCAGCAGGCGCAGCAAAUGCAAGAGACGCUCUACCAGCAGGACAGGCAGCGUCGGGAGCAGCAACACUUGGAGCUGCAGCAGCGCAAGAGCCGACUGGAGAUCCAGUCGCACCGCCUGUACGAGCAACUGUUCGAGGAGACGCUGCACAGUGUCUGCGCCGGGCAGCUGAUGCUGGAGCAGCGGGCCCACCGAUACUUUGAUCAGACUGUGGACAGCAUCACCGGUGCGCUGGUGGAGCGCGAGCUCCAGAAGUCCAUCUACGAGAUGAGUCUGAUGCGCAUCUACUGGCGCCGAUGGCGCGACUUCCGUCGCGUGCAGCAGCAGAAGGACACGCUGUUCAACCAGCUGCCGCUCAGCUUUGGGGCCGAGAAUCCCGAGCGACUGGUGAACGAGCGAUGCGUGGAGGACUCGCUGCGUCUCAUGCGUCGCUAUCGGCAGGGGGAGGCCUGCAACUACAACCAGCUGCUGACCGGCAUGGGGGAUCGCGGCGGCUCGCUGAAGCUGGAUCUCUGGAAGGUGCUGGGCCAGUAUCUGCCGCAGGAACUGCCGGAUGCGCGACGCUACUACAAGCUGCUGCUCUCCCUACCCGAGGGCGAGGACGGACUGAAGUUUGAAUACAACCUGGACCGAGGACUCCUGCAGCGACAGCCGCUGCAGCUGACAGCAGACGAACCGAACGCAGGGCCGGAGUCAGGCGGCUAUAUACGUGGCGUGGGCCAUGGCGUGGCGCUCAGUGUGCUGAAGACACGAGCUGGCCAGGAUCCCUCAAGCUGGGCCCAAGCCGAUGGCAUCGUUUGCUUUGCCAGCUUCUCCAACCUGCAGGAGAUCCCCCCUCGUCUCAGGUCCCUCAUCCAGGAGAGUCGUUGCGCCCUUGCGGCCCUGGUCCUGCAGUAUCCGAAGCACGCGACGGCGCCAAUCGAGGAGGAGCUGGCGCAGUGGCUGCAGCUCGAUCAGCUGGGGCUGCAAUCCUGGCGGAUCUUCUGCCUGCGUGCAGAAUCUGCGUCGCAGCGCACUCAGCUGAUGUCGGUGCUGCAGUCGGCGCUCAAGUUCCUGGCCCAGCAGCCGCAACGCACCCGCGACGGUCUGCUCCGCCAGGCAGAGAUGCGCGGAUUCCUUGUCAACAACCUGGGCCCGGAGCUGUUCCGGCGCCUCAGACAUGCGGCAUUCGCGGACCAGACCAUACGAUGCAAGAGCCGUGAGUCGCCGCAGUUCUGCGUCGAAUUGUACAAUGAGGCAGUGCGUCGGCUGCAGGUGGUGGCCGGCGAGGAUUUGCAGCAUUGUAUUCAGUUUCCCCAGGAUCUGCGUCCGUUCGUCGAGCGCUUGUCUGAUCUGGAGCUACUGCCAACUAGCCGUCUGGAGUACUUUGAGCCCGGAUGGGAGCAACCGGAGCAGCGCUGCCGCAUUGUCCAGCUGCUGGAGCUGGCCAAGCUGCCUCCGAUGCAGUCGAUGCCCGCGGUGCCGUCGCGCAUCGAUCAGCACGAGGACUACUGCCAGUGGCUGCUGGAAUAUGUCCAGCUCAGCCAGCAGGAGGAUCUGGUGGAGUCCAUCUGCCUGCAUGCCAUUGGCUGCCUCGAAAGGGAGCCGGACUUCCUCGGCCUAACGCAGCUGUUGGCCAUGGAGCGGCUGCAGUUUGUGCUGCGCCGCGAGCCGCAACUGCCCAAGGCCAUUGUCAUCAGGGACCACACCAUGAAGCACUGCUUCCAGUCGUCGUGGUACUACGAUUUUCAGCAGCCCGAGCCGGGCUCACCCGAACCACCUGUCGCGGCGCCGGAGCCCGCACCGCCCAAGGAGGUGCUCGACUUCGAUGAGAUUGUCAGCAAUGCAGAGCGCGUCCUGUCCAAUUGUGCCAAACGGACUGAGCAGCGCCGCCGCCUGAGGGAGCUCAAUGCGGCACGCAGCCUGGAAACCUGCAGCAGCAGCCGCAGCCACAGCCUGGAAGCCUGCAGCAGCAGCAGCCGCAGCCGCAGCCACAGCAGCGACACCAGCUAUACCAGCGAAUCAUCGGAGCAUCCACAACAGAAGUACAACGAUGCUGAGAAUUGUCCCAAGCGCCAGCGACGCCAGCUAGAUUUAAUUUAAGUUCCUCGAAUGUACGAGUGCCGCCUGUAUGUCGAGUUCUGUGUAGUCUGUCCACCGAUCCCCAUCCCAAUUGUACUUCUUUUUAUGGGUUUUACAUGGCUGACAGUUUCACCAAAAAGGAGGAACCUUUUUUUCUAUUUUGUUCGUAGCUAGUAAACAAUUAAUAAUUAGUUAAUAAACAAAUUUAAGAGCA